UACCUUGAGAUCCGCUUGUGUAUGAAUAUAAUCACACUAAACACUGAAUGAGAAUACAAAAAUAACUGAAACAUGGAUGAGAAUACAAUUAUAAAAUUCCAAAGAAUUUGUAGAACUUGUGUUAUUGAAAAAGAUAAUAUGCAAACUAUCUUCCAUGUUAUCGAUAUAUUAAAAGAGUGCACAUCAGUUCAAAUAAACAUGGGCGAUGGUUUGCCAGAGUUAAUAUGUUUGGAAUGUCUUAAUCGAUUACACAAUGCUUUUGAAUUCAGAAAGCAAUGUAAAAUUUCGGAUAAAACAUUGAACGAAUUAAAAGACUCUGUUAAAUUUGAAGAUAAUAAAUCAUUAAACAAGGAAACAGACAUCGAUUUAAAAUCAGAAAAUUCUUAUAGUAACACAGAUUUAGAUCUUCAUAAUUUUAAUGAUGAUAGUGAAGAUGAGCCUUUAAUUAAUAGAAUUAAGCAAGACAAUAAUUUCUCAGAAAACUUAAACAACAACCAAAUAAAUACAUUCAACUUAGAAAGAGAGAUGAAUGAAUCGAACAGUAAUUGUGAAAUUUUGAAAAAUAAAACAAGAAAACAAUUAAAAAUAAAUAAAAAAGCAAAAUUAAAAAGAAAAGAUAUAAAUGCUAUUCAAGAAGGCUUACCUUGUCCAAAAUGCAAACGCAGUUUUGAGCUAGAAUCAGAUUUAGAAAUUCAUAUGAUUACACAUCAAGUAUUUAAAGAACUAAAGUGUCCAAAAUGUUUUAAGAGUUUCGAAAAUAUAAACAAUUUAAAAAGACAUCUUAAUAUUCACAUGACUAAUAAACCAUACAAGUGUAAUGUUUGUAAUAAACGUUUUGCUGCACCAGGUGGACGUAUUCGACAUUUACGAGUACACACAGGUGAAAAACCGGAAAUAUGUCCAGUAUGCGGUAAACGAUUUGUAGAUACAGGUGGUUUGGCGUCACAUAUGCGGUCACAUAGUGAUGUGAAAAAAUUUAGUUGUAAAUUAUGCCCAAAAGCAUUUUCACAUUUAUUUAUGCUUCGAAGGCAUAUAUUGACACACACCGGAGAACGUCCGUUUUUGUGUACAAUAUGUGGUGAAAGUUUUACACAAGCACAUUAUGUAACAAUACAUAUGAGACGGCACACUGGAGAAUUACCUUACGCCUGUCAAAUAUGUAAUAAACGAUUUAUACAAAAUGAUCAGUUAAAAUUACAUUUACGAACUCAUACUGGUGAUAAACCGUAUGUGUGUACAAUUUGUGAUCAAGCAUUUGCAAGAGCUCAAUCUCUUACUAUACAUAAACGAAACCAUACUGGAGAAAAACCAUUUAUUUGUGAUAUUUGUCCUAAGAGGUACGCAUCAUCAAGUAUUCUAGCAAAACAUAAACGAAUACAUAAUAUUAAAGAUCCACCAAAAGUUAAAAUUGGAUAUUUAUUUACUCCCAGAUUUUAAUAUAAUUAAUAUGAAAAUAAAAGUAACAUAUUUUAAUUAUAUUGAUUUUUUGUGUAAUUUCAUCCUUGUAGCACAUAAUGUAAUUUAUAUAAUAUAGUACUAG